AUGAAGGCGAACCCCAUGACCCCAUUCAGCAAAACCGAGCCUAGCAUGCAGAAUGGGACUUCCAUUGCCGGGUAUGUCAUCUCUUCGCCGCAACUGGAGAGCAUUCCAAUUGACCAUGCUAUUCCAUCACUCGACCAACCGGAGCUAUUCAGAAAUGUAGUGAAGAAAAACUCGGCAGAAUGCCUGUCAGGAGAACAAACCCACAGGACCGUAAAGAUAGCGAUAAAGGCACAGACAUGA